AUCUGUAUAUACUUGCAAAUAUAUUUCACAUGUACAUAUGUACAAGCAUUUUGCCGCAGUUGUCAAAUGCAACUUUUGAAAAGUUACAUUGAAUAGAGCCGCAAUGCCAAUCUCCUUGGAGCCCACAGUAGACUAGAUUAAAGCUUAGCGCGGCGCUGUCACCUCUACUACCGCUAUAACAUACGCAUUGGUAUGCCGGUAACUUACUUUCCAGCGCUAACAUUGACCGCGGUCGUCCAGUUUUACUUCAAUUCAACUCAGUCUAGUGGCUAAAAUCUAAAAUCGUCAAAAUUGUAUAAAAGCAUUUGGAAACGCACUGAAAUACAACAGUCACAUUAAUCCCUCCGUUGCAAUAACAACACACCUUCCAGUAGUUUAAAAUAGUUUCCACUUUUCAAAACCCCACACACAACCAAAAAUGUUCAAAAUCGUGCUUGUACUCUCCGUCAUCGCCUUCGCUUGCGCCGAGCCUGGUGUUGUGGUUGCUCCUGCCGUACCCGUUGCGCCGAUCGUGCAUCACGGCGCACACGCUGUGCACUCUCACGUAAUUCAUCAUCCCGUGCCAGUGAAGACUGUCGUGACACCAGUCAUUGCCAAGCCAGUGGUGCCACUUGUGCCGGUCGUAAAGCCAGUUGUGCCUGUAGUUCCAGUCCAUCAUGCCCAUCCGGCCGUUGUUGUGCAUCACUGAGCGCCGGCAGCAUGGCAGCUGCAGGCGCCCCAACACCAACGCCAACUCUCCGCAGCACCCGCAAUCAACCAGGAACGUUGAUGAGGAUCAACGAAAGAACGACUCGAAGUUAAUCGAAUGCAACAAUGGCUUAGUGCGUUAAUAUAUGUAGAUUACAAGCUCCCUACUCCUAUCCCACUUCCCCUUCAUUCUUACUUUAAUUCUGUACUAUGAAAUCCCUGAAAUUAGUUAAAUACA